AGAAAGUUAAAAAGAAAAUAAAAUCAAAGAGAGCUCUCUAAGAUUUCAUAUGUUUUCUUGAGUAAUUAACCAUUCUCUCCAUUUAUUUAUUUUUUUCUUGCCCAUAUAAACAAUGAUAACAGCAGAUUCCCAAUCAUCCACUCCACACUAUAGGAAACACACAUAAUUGCACCCAACAAUCCUUUUCACUAUAGAAACCUGUGCUUUUAAGCUAUUCACUUCCCUUUUCUUUCAUUUCUUGCCUCCCUUUUUCUUCCUUUAUUUUUUUAGCCCCCCUACCAAUAAUAUAAAUACAUAUCAAUCUCCAUCACCUUAUUUUCACCACCAUUAUUAAUUCUUUCCUCUUCUAUAAUGGAUCCUUCAUGCACCACCACCACUUCUGUCAAUGGCUUCUACAGCUUUCUCACACGAGGGCUCGAUGAUCUCGACCGCUGUUUCCUUUCUAACAACUUCAUGUCAAUUCAGUUCCUUCAGUCUGUUCUUUCCUCUCUUCAAUCUUUCCAUUCCCAAUUAACCAUUCUGGUUCAGAGGCUUCAUCUUCCUAUUGGAGAGAAGUGGCUGGAUGAAUACAUGGACGAAAGUUCAAGGCUUUGGGAAGCAUGUGUUAUAAUGAAAUCCGGAGUUUCAGGAAUGGAAAAUAUUUACUCUUCUGGUGCUAAUAUAGCUUCUUCCCUUGACGGGUUCCAUAAUUUGAAUGCACAAGUUGUUCGUCAGGUCAUUCGGGCAAUCAUGGGUUGCCAAAGAGAAAUUCUAGUGUUAGAAGAGGAUAACAAGAGCUUAAUGGAAACAAGGGCUCGAGCAUUGUCCCUACAAUUUGAUGAGAACGUAUCAAUAGAAUCAAAGUUCAAUGCGUUCAAUGGUUUCAGAGGAGUUCUCUAUGCAAUGAGAAACGUUAGUUCAUUGCUUCUAAUGAUAUUAUUUGGAGGGCUCGUGUAUUGCUGGCCUGAAACAAGUUUUUGCCAGGGAGGAGGGUAUGGAGGGCAUGUGAUAUUCGGGUCAUCUUUUAUGGUAUCAAUGGCAAGAUUGCAAGAAAGAGUGGCAAAUGAGAUGGACCAAAUUGGUGGGCAACCAGGGAUUAUGCUUUACGAAUUCAGACAAGCCAAAAUAGCAAUGGAAGAGCUAAAAGUAGAUAUGGAGAGUGUUAUGGAGUAUGAAUCAGAACUUGAGAUCCAAGACAAAGUUGACAACUUGAAGAGUUGCUUUGGGUUGUUGAGAUGUGGGGUUGAGACCAUAAUUGGGCAGCUUGAUGAUUUCUUUGAUGAAAUAGUUGAAGGUAGAAAGAAACUUUUGGACAUGUGCACUCAUAGAUAGAUGUACAUGUGCAGCCCUAGGUAGAAAGAAAGAAAGAAAGAAAGAGCUAGUAAAAAGGUUAAAAAGAAACUGCAACAAUCAGUAGCUACUGCUGGCAUAUUGAUGCCACCCUUUUUUCUUUUCUUUUUUUUCCCCUUCUUUUAUUAUUAUUUUUUCCUUACAAGUUUCUAUAAGUUUCCUUUUCCCCUUGAAGGAACUCUAGUUUUGCAGCUAGAAUAUACAUAUAAUUUUUGAAGAAUGGAAUGUGGGUGCU